AUGGGCUCCUUAGGCAAGAUUUUUGUUUGGGGCAUUGCUGCUUUGCUGGUGCUGCUGCGAGAAACAUGUGGAUUUGCCUAUGCUCCCAACUUUAUCACCAAGAUUGUGCAAGAGCAAACUGGAAUCAAACCCACUGGACUCUUGGAAAUUGAGUCCAAAGACGACAGUAGUGAUGAUGACGAUACCAGCUCAAACAACAAAAUUGAUCGGCCCGUGACAACACGGUUCCCUCCAGAACCCAAUGGGUAUCUUCACCUGGGACAUGCCAAGGCGGUUUGCUUCAAUUUUGCCGUUUCGAGAAUGUUUGGUGGAAAUUGCAACAUGAGAAUGGACGACACCAACCCUAGUAAAGAGGACGAAGAAUAUGUCGAAUCCAUCCUGAGAGACGUCAAGUGGAUCCAAUCAGGUCUCUUUGAAGGCGACAAACCGUGGGACGGCGAAGUUCGAAAGACAUCCGACUAUUUUGAUGUCAUUUACGAUGCGGCUGUGGCGUUGAUCAAGCAAGGUGACGCCUAUGUGGAUUCCCUCUCGGCGGAGGAAAUGAGAGAAUAUCGAGGAACUCUCACAGAACCUGGAAAAGAUAGCCCUCAUCGCUCCAGGUCAAUUGAAGAGAAUCUAGAGCUCUUUGAAGGGAUGAGAGAUGGCAAGUUCAAGGAAGGAGAGCACGUCCUUCGGGCGAAAAUUGACAUGUCUUCCCCCAACAUCAACAUGCGAGACCCAGCUCUUUACCGAAUCAAACAUGAGUCUCACCAAGAGACUGGCGACAAGUGGUGCAUAUAUCCCAUGUAUGACUUUAGCCACCCCAUUUCUGAUGCCUUGGAAGGAAUCACUCAUUCGCUGUGCACACUGGAAUUUGAGGAUCACAGACCCUUUUAUGAUUGGACAGUUGAAAAGCUACUUCCAAGUGGCCUUAUCACUCAGGUUCCACAGCAGAUUGAGUUUAGUCGAUUGAAUGUUAAAAGUACGGUCUUGUCCAAACGCAAGUUGAUCCAGUUGGUGGAACAAAAGCACGUAAAUGGUUGGGAUGAUCCCAGAAUGCCAACCAUGUCAGGAUUGAGGCGUCGUGGUGUGCCACCUGCUGCGCUCCGGAUGUUUUGUGAACGAGUGGGGAUCAGCAAAGCAGACUCCAAUAUUGACGCUGUGGUCCUCGAAGAUUGUGUCAGAGAAGUGAUGGAUGACACAUGCUUGCGAGCUUUCAGUGUAUUGAAACCAUUGAAGGUGACCAUCACAAACUGGCAAGGCGACGACUUGGAAGAUUUCGAAGUUCCAAGGCACCCAAAACGUGAGGAGAUGGGGACUCGAACAAUCCCAUUCGGUAAGACCGUCUACAUCGAAAGAGACGACUUUUUUGACUUGGAGGGCCCGGAGGGCAAAGCAAACGACAAUAGACCACCAAGAGGUUUCAAGAGGCUCCUUCCAAAUCAAAUGGUUCGACUGCGAUAUGCUUAUGUGAUUCAGUGUAACGAGAUUGUUCGUGAUCCGGAAACACAGGAACCGAUAGAGCUCAAGUGUGAGUACUUCCCGGAUACAAGGGCAGGUGUUACACCGGAAGGGAUGGCUCGUGUGAAGGGAAUCAUCCAUUGGGUAGAAGCUUCCAAAGGCCAACGGUGUAGUGUCAAUCAGUAUGAUCGGUUGUUCCUGGCAGAAGAACCCGGAAAGGAAAGUGGAGACUUUUUGAAGGAUAUCAACCCGAAAUCUUUGGAGGUCUUGACAGACGUUGUAAUAGAACCAAGCGUGGUGGAAGAUGCGGUCAAGGCCAUGGAAGAGGACGCAUCUAGCAUUUCAUCGCUGGCGUACCAGUUUGAACGAAGCGGGUACUUUGCCUUGGAUGAGUCGUCCACCGAUGCUUCCAACCUCGUUUUCAAUCGCGUUGUUACUUUGCGAGAUACUUGGGGAGCUCCCAAGCAAGGCGGGCGAGGUGGCCAACGAAACCGUGGAAGUGGCCAGAAGUCAAACCAGCAACCAAAAGGCGGAGCCGGAACGGUGGAAGAUGUCCGACGAGUUGCCUUUCGCGCUGCGACGAUCCUCUCUGCUGAGCCUCAUCCGGAAGCUGACAGUCUCUUGGUAUGCAGUGUUGAUUGUGGUGAUAUUACCGAAGAUGGCCAAAGUGAGCCUCGAACGGUUGUUGCUGGACUUGCAGGGAAGAUCCCUCUGGACGAGUUGGUGGGACGAAAGGUCGUUGCAGUGACGAACUUGAAGCCUGCCAAGAUGCGCGGAAUCGAAAGUGGAGCCAUGCUGCUUGCAGCAUCGAAUGAAAGCGAUGAGGUAGAACUGCUGACCGUACCAGACGCUGUCCCGAAUGGAGAGCUCAUAUCGUUUGAUGGAAAGCAGCCGAGUGAACCUGAUGUAAUGCUCAAGAGCAAGGGUGCGCAGAAAGUUUGGGAGCGAGUAAAAUCGUCACUUCGAGCUAGUGAUUCCGGUGAAGCUCUCUAUCUGCAAGAGGGUGAGGCACACAAAAUGAUCACGAGCGAAGGCGUGUUCACGGAUAAGACUAGGGCUCUUUCUAGAUAG